UAAUUCAUGCAUGAAAGGGUUAAUCUUCAGUAUUUUUUUGCUUUAUCUUCAGGAGGUUGACUGUGCCCGGAGCAUCCUCCAGAGGGAAGGCACCAGGCUGGGGGCAGAGCUGGGUCCGAUGGUUCCUGUGGUUCUGAACCCGCCCCAGCGAGGGUUACUGCCCAUCCUGAUAGAGGAACCGGACGCCAGAAUGUCCAGGAGGGUUUUCCUGUCGGCGCCACAAGGGGAGGACAUGUGGUGGCCGGCAGAGUCCGUCAACUUCAUCAUUGACACAGGAGUCCAGAAGAAAAUGGUGUACAAUCCCAGGAUCAGAGCCAACUCUGAGACGCUUCAGCCAAUCAGCCGGUGUCAGGCGGACGUCCGCAGGCAGCUGUCCGCUCCGACAGGUAAAUGUUUCUGUCUGUAUCCAGAGGAACCUCGUCUUCCUGCAGAGACGUCCUCUCAGAUCCUGGAGUCCAACAUCACACCUACUGUCCUGUUUCUAAAAAGGAUGGAGAUCGCCGGCCUCGGACAGUGUGAUUUCAUCGACAGACCAGAUCCUGAGGGUCUGAUGCAGGCUUUGGAGGAGCUGGACUACCUCGCAGCUUUAGACGACGACGGUAACCUGUCCGAGAUCGUGAUCAUCAUAUCCGAGUUCCCCCUGGACCCUCAGAUGGCCAAAGCUCUGCUGGCGUCCUGCGAGUUCGACUGUGUGAGUGAGAUGUUGACCAUCGCAGCCAUGUUGUCAGCACCGAGCUGCUUCCUGGAGCCCAGCGCCGGUUUGACCCACGAGGCCGUCCACUGUCACAGGAAGUUCCAGCACCCUGAAGGAGACCACUUCACCCUGAUCAGCAUCUACAACACCUUCAAACAGAACAGAGAGAGCAAGGUCAGAGCAGAGCCAGGUAUGUGUGUUGAAAAGUGGUGUAAGGAUUAUUUCCUGGACCACGGUGCCCUGAAGAGAGCCGACGCCAUUAGAUCUGAAUUAACCGACAUCCUGAACCGGAUCGAACUUCCCAUCUCUCAGCCUUCGUUUGGAACCAAAACCAACGCCCACAACAUUAAAAGAGCUCUGCUGGCCGGGUUCUUCAUGCAGAUUGCUCGAGAUGUGGACGGAUCUGGGAACUACUUCAUUCUGACCCACAAACACAUGGCUCAGGUCCACCCACUGUCCGGCUACGGGGCCCAGUCUCAGAAACUGGGGCUACCGGAGUGGGUCAUAUUCCAUGAAUACACCCUGUCGGACAACAACUACAUGAGGACAGUGUCAGAAAUCUCCCCUCAAGUGUUCAUCCAAAUGGCACCGCUGUAUUUCUUCUAUAAUCUGCCCUCUAGUGAAAGCAAAGACAUACUGCAAGACAUCCUGGACCCAGACGGAUCCAGGAACUGUAAAGACGGGAAACAGAGACCCCUGACGAGCAACAGCGACUGCACAACGGAGUCGCAACAUACGACCGAUGUGUGA